AUGCCAGCACCUUCUCACCUUCUUGGCGCAAAGCGCUCCCGUGACGAGGGUGGCGAAAACAGCAAAGUGAGGGCGUCCGAGUCAUCGGCAUCGGCGUCGGCGUCUUCACAUGCAGCUAUAAUAGAAAUCACUCAUGGCAUGACGCAGUCUGCGGCAGCAGAAUACAACAAGGAGUGUAUGGGACCUACAGUGCGUUAUCAAGACAUGGAUGCGUUGCUUAGCGCCCCAUCAUUUCGCGAAAAGACAUGUCAGUUUUUGUUUCCAUCGGCACGUGGAAACAAUCCGUACGGCCCUGUAGAAAUGGGUGUUAUUCAGCUCGUGGCAAACGAUGGUAAGACAGUAUUCUUUACAUCUGAAGCCAUCGCACCUGUGAAUAUUUCCGUUGCAAAGGGAAAACGUCUUUGCAUAGGCGACAUGGUGCUUUUUCAGCGAUACAUCUCAGAAUAUCAGGGGGAGAAGGGAGAAACUUUCACGUCAGCAAAGGUGGAAUUUGUCGCUUUGGAUCCCUCUACAUUAAUGGACGCCGCGGAUUGGUGUCAUGCCGCCUCGUGGAACAUUUUGACAAUGGCAAGGUGGAUGCACCAGCUACUUUCCUCCCCUCCUGGUCUUGCCCAGCUGACCUGCAUUAUGAAUUCUUUUUGGGGUGAGGUAGGGGCAUCUGUCACUGCUGCAGAUGCAUGGCUGCGUUCACUGCAGUUGCCUCUCCUUCUUCAGCAGUUGAAGAACCUGGAUGGGGUGGAUGUGCGUAAGGUCUAUCAGCUGAAGAAGCUUAUAUUUUCUAUGCUUCGCCUGUAUGUGGCCAUUUUGGGCAAUGCGGAGGCUAUCAUGACGCUCCCCUAUACAGUGGAGGGUGUGGUCCACCAAUUCUUGGGGUCGCCCUUAUUUGUGGAUGGGCUUUCCGUUGUUUUGCCGCAGUUGACUGGAAACGUCUCGGAGUCCACAUGGGCAAGUGCGCAGCAAACCAUGUUGGGCGCCAUGAAGUUUGCUCUGCGCUACGUUUGCCGGGAAACUGUGGAGGAGGAAGGAAAGGGACAACGGGAGGCGAGAGAAGGUGCUGAGCGCGGAUUCCUUACUGUGCUUCACCGCAUCUCCGCGUUGUGGUUGACACAUGAAACGAGGUUGCCACAGGCAGGCAUGCAGGCGGUCAUGAAACUGGUGGAGGAACUGGCCCGUAUUGGUGUCUUUCGCCGGGUUGCACAGUGGAUGCGCCAGAAGGAACGGGCGAGAGAAAUGGUGAAUCUUGUGGACAGGGUCCACCUUCCACCGAGCCUACAAGACGUAAAGGACCUCCAUGGCUUGAAGGAAACCUCUCUGAAGGAAAUGAUGGCGUCAAUGACGCAGACGUACACACCAUACCUGCGACAGGAGGCGCUACGCUUUGUGGAGUGUGCCAUGCUGGCGGCGUAUGCAGAGCUAUACGGCCCAGUGGCGUGUGCUGUAUCCAGCUACAUGGAAUCCAUUGCAACAAUGAGGGCGGACAAUGCGGAUCAAGGGAAACCGAUGAAGGCUUUGCAUGUCACACAAGUAUCGCAGUCAGCACUUCGGUUUCAACUUGAUGAAUAUUCCUUAGAAGAAGUUAGGCUUCAUGCCCUCUUUGGGCCGCCCUUAUUUCUUACUUUGCAUGUAACAAGUGACACCCAUGUGCUCAGUCGUGACGUUAUUGAGGCAAGCUUUUCUUUUGGUUGUGUUGUGGUGGUGUUGAAUGGCAAGCCGUUUGUUUUUCCUGUUGUAUUAUGCGGUGUGGUGGACAACAUAGAGAGGGACUCGGUCAUCACGGUCACCGUCUACGCUCUCCGUGAUCGGGAUGUAUUACCAUCACUUGUUGCGGCAAGCGCUGCCGCAUCUAGUGAAUCUCAAGGACUUCCAGAGGCGUGGUUUUUUUUGGAUGUCCGUCGAGUAGAAAAGAAUGGCGGUGAUGAUGAUGAUGAUGGUCUUCCAUUUGAUCAUUUGGAGAGCCAACCACGUCACUUUAUGCCCCUGGGCACAUCGGCCGUUACCUACAUACUCUACAUUCGACACCUGCAAAAGCUGCGUGCUCAAAUGCGGCUGGAAGAACAAUGUGGUGCGGCGGCGACGGGACGCAUUAAGGGCGGUCAGGGCAAAAGUGAUACGGUACCUAAGGCUGUUCUGUGGUGGGGGAGCGGCAGCAGUGGCGGUGGUAAUACUGGGGUGACAAGCGAUGCUUUUACACAUAUCACCCCCUUGCCGGGGGAGAAUGAGGUUCUGCAGCACUGCCUCUCUGAGAUCGCGGAGGCCGCCUCUCUUACGGCCUCACAAGUUGAGUGCCUUCACACCUUGACGACGGCAAGCCCAGGCGUGCGUACACUUGUAGGGGCAGUAGGGUGUGGCAAGACGACCCUUAUGUAUGCCACCAGUCUUUCCCGAGGUCGAAUGCAGGAGGCAUUGCGAAAGCAGCAUCAGCCCCUUUGGCAUGCUACGAUUAAGCACAGCGCGCAAACACUUUCAAUGCGUCUUGGAGAGUUGGCCGCGGCAGAAGACAUGGAGGAUCUUUUCAAAGCAUCCGACGGAACAUCUGCGCGUGAUCUCCCAGAGGAAGUCGCCAACGCGGCUCUGGGGCAUAUUCAAGAGCACGUGCAGCUGAGUGAGAAACUAAAGCAAUGUCAUACACCGAUGUUACUGCGUCCAAAAGCACUGAAGCAAACAAUUCCCUCGCAUUCACUGAGUGUCUUACAGGAAGACAAUCUUGCAAGAAAAUUUUGCCCUAUUGGGACUAUAAUGGAGCAAAGCCAUCAACGAUCCCUGAAAGCGCCACUUGCUGCUGUUCUGAACACCCGUUUACAGACACUGAAGCGUGUAGGCGACCGUGUUGAUGCCAUUGCUCGCUCAUUGGAGAAAAAUUCCGUACCUGAAGAGGGAAAAUGGAAGCUGUUCUCUGAGCUGUUACCAUGGAUUAUGUCUAAAAAGGAACGACUUAACACAUUCACCGAGGCUGUGCGUAACGACAAAUCAUGGGUGACCUAUCUUGCUGAAGAUAUAUGGGAUCCGUCAACAUUAGGGCAAAGCGCUGAUUUUGAAGUUGUCUCUGGAAAGUCAGUAUGGGAAAGUAUGGGGCCUGCGUCCAGCUCGUUUCAAGCGAUUACUUUACCGAAUGCUGCACGUAAUCUAUCUGCAUAUACCCGAUCUGAAGCUGCGGGGUGGCUUGCUGUCUUUUGGGAAAAACAGAGAGAUCUGCUUUGUUUCCUACAACACGAAAUUAUGGAUGAGGCACGCCAUCUGUUUCUACUUUUCCUAGAUCUGAUACAAGCUGUGGCGGCGACGUCACAGACCUCGAAGGCUACAGUGGUGACAGCGACGGGAAACACGCUGUUGCGGGAGAUCUCUUUCUUGCGUGUAUGGCAACCCCAUUAUAUCGUGGUGGAUGACUAUGAACAGAUAUGCGAUGCAAUUUACCUCACAUUGCCACAAAUAAAUGCGGCGAUUCUUGCACACCAAGCUGAAUCUUCCCUGCAACAUGAGCAACAUCUUUCUCUCGUCAUACUUCGGGCGCUACAAAGAGAGUUACAAGGCACGCCACUGCUUUCCUCUGUAACGCUAUCUGAAUCCCUUCGUUUCAGUUAUUUAGAACUUCAUAAAGCGGCACAAUUGUGUCGUAACAGUGCUGUUGCUUUCUACGCACCACUUCCACUUGAUGUGGCGGGUAGUACUGGGGAUAGUAAUGGUGUUAUUGUAGCUACUGGUGGUGGUGGUGGUAAGGACCAAGCAAUGCGUCAACGCGGAACAGUCACAGGGUUUUCAUCACCGUGUUGUGUGGAGUUUUGGACGCAUGCCGUGGCAUUAUCUGCCUGUGUGACGUGCGAUGGCGUUGCUGCUGCAUUUGUGCGUAAUCGUCUCCGGCAGAUUGAAUCUUCCAUGAGUGUGACGGUAUAUUGCGGUUUUGUGAAGGAUAGGGCAGUGAUUCUUGAAGGCAUGGCAUCAGGAACUGAUGUUGAGGCAACUGAGAGCAUGGGAUCUGUCUGUGUAAUUCCGUUCUGCUCGGAUGCAUUUGUCGAACGUGAUGAAGAUUGUGAUGUGGCUGUGUUGUGCCUGUCGGGUAUUGCACGUCGAUUACGGCGGUUUUCAACGACAGGGCGGCAGUCGGCGUGGGCUCGAGUCGGGGCGGAGCGUUCAUUCGUGGAGCAAUUGGAGUGGUGGUUGUGGAGGACGUUGUCGUACGCCCGUCGUGGGGCAAUUUUGGUGGGAAGUAGAGAGGUAUUUUUAUAUCUUGAGCCGCUGCGGCGUUUGGAGAGGUUUGUGCUGCAGGUACGUGAGCAAAGGGGUUUUUGGCUUCCACCUGAAAUAAAAGGUGCAGUGUUAGCCAUGCGAUGCCCAGACCACGAAAACUGUCGUCAACUGGCACUGCUUACUUACUCCGACUAUUGUGGUUGCCAGGUGCGUGUGAUUGGGGAACAAAAAUGUCGUUCUUUGUGUUUGGCGCCGUACGAGAAUUGUACAUCUCCCUCUCAUGCGUGUCUCCGCAUCUGUCAUGUCUUUAGUGGAGAGGGUGGUGGUUGUGACACGGAGAAUGAGGAUUCUUCGCACAGUGACUGUCCAUUUCCCUGCAUGAAGGUUCAGCCUUGUGGUCACGUGUGUGUACGGCGUUGCGGGGAACCGUGUUCACCCUGCGAAUUCGUCGGACUACGGGAGCUUUCGUGUGGGCAACGGGUUGUUUCAGGCAUGUCGGAUACAGAUCCUGUGCAGACGAUUGUGCAUCACUUCCAGCGAAUACGCUGUGGAGAGGCGCAGCGGCCCUGUGAGGAACAUGUGACACUUCGAUGCUCCCGCUGCGGAGGAAAAAACCCGAUGCUCUGUCACGAGGUUGUUGCAUGUGGUGGGAUGGAACACGCAGUACUUACAGAGAUGGAGUGUGCAGGCUGCGUUGCUCUGUACAAUCGUGUUGCGAGGGAGCAUGGUGUGGCGCAGCUUGUACCAACUGAGCCACCCACCGCCGGAUGCCUGCCGCUAAAGUCACUGCCGGAAGCUGCCCAGACACGGUUGCAGGAGCUGCAGAGCUUUGCGGUGAGGAAGGCCCAAGUGAUGUUGCAGAAGGAGGCGUUGGAGACAAUGCAAGGGAGACAGUCGUCCGAGUUUUACAAACAGAAGGAGAUAUACAAUCGAAUGCAGCGACAACAGGAAGAGGAGGUCCGAGCACACCGUCAACGCGCCCAUGAGAACAUUAAUUUAUGGACAAAAAAGUUGAAGCAAAAGUAUGAGAUGCAAGUGACGGUCAAUGAGGCGAUAGAAACGGAAGUACCGCUUAUGGUUAGUGAGGCCAUCGCCGAGGAGGAGAAGCAGCGGUCGCACCUUUUCGUGUAA